GCUCUCGCGCUCGCUCUGCCCUCUCGCCACGCCGAAGCCCCAAAGCAGCACGGCGCCUGGUUUCCUCCUUUCCACGCUCCACAACGCCGAUCGCCGAGGCAGCGGACAUGUUGGCGCUCUUUGAGCUGCCGCUCGUCUCGACGUGCCGGAGGAAGCUCGCGUCCGAAAUGCUCGCUAGCGACUGUCCCACCAGCCCGAGUUCACAAUGAACCGCGGUCGAACCACGGUGCGAGGCAAGCGGCCCAGGCUAAAGCGAACGGCGCCAGUCCGACAACCGCGCUAGGGACUCCGGCAGCAAUUGAAGUUAAGCUACGAUGCAACAAGAGUGUCCGGCUAGGGGUGUCUUACUACUAGUCACGUACGCUACCGUGGCGGCAGUCCUGCUGGCGGGACUUCCUCACGGAUUGGCUUCCAUAGACACCAGUGUAACCCACGUCCAUGCUAGUCUCCAGGAUGACGACGUCUCCUCAAACUGCCCCGCUGCGUGCACCUGCCGCCACAAAGAUCAAGGAGCCGUCGAGGCUGCCUGCUCCAGACAGGUCCUCAAGGUUGUGCCGUUUGACCUCGACCCUAGAGUGACUUUGCUGGACCUCUCCUUCAACAAGAUAGAUAGCCUCGACGACAACGCCUGGUCCGGGCUGUGCAACAACUCGUGCAGUUUAAAAAGUCUCAACCUCCACCAGAACCAGCUUCUAGAACUAGGCUUCCAUAGUUUUUACUCUCUACGGACCCUCGAGGCCCUAGACAUCAGUGACAACCACUUAAAUGAUAUUAAUUUGAAUGGCUUCGACGGUCUCGAAGCCCUCGUUUCGUUGAACCUCUCUGGAAACCAGCUGGAAGGACUCAAGCACGAAUGGUUCCAAGACUUGACCAAUCUCACCAUGCUGGACUUGUCACGCAACCGCAUUCACGAGCUCAACAAUGUGGUCUUCUGGUCCUUGCACAAGCUGGUCCACCUCCGUGCAGACCGUAACUGGAUAACGUCCGUGGGGCUCCUAAGCCUGAAGGGCCUGGACUCUCUCCGCACACUUAACAUCAGCCACAACCAGAUAGCGAUGAUACAGAGUGGGACGCUCCGACCCACUUUGGAGGUGCUGGACAUCAGCUACAACCCCAUUCGAAGCCUACAGCUGGUCUUCAAACACACGCACAAGCUCCGCCGGCUCUAUGCGUCCCAUCUACGAGCUCUCUCCCGCCUAACCAAGGAAUCCUUCGAGGGACUUGACUCCCUAGAAGAACUCCUCAUGACCAACUGCCGAUCACUAGAAACCGUCGACCCCGGUAGUCUGCAGUCCUUGGGAAGUCUACGGAAGCUGGACAUACGCUUCAACAACUUCACCACGCUUCCUGCCGGACUGUUCCUCCCGCUGGUACAGUUGCAACGGAUCCAGCUGCAUGGGAACCCGUGGUUCUGCGACUGCCGGCUCCACUGGCUCCUCCUCUGGCUAGAUCACGUACCGGCCCACCUCCUGUCUCCGUCUGCCACUCUCUGUGCCAAGCCGCUCAGGCUGUCUGGCCAUACCGUGCUCGACGCCGUCGACAAGCACAUGACUUGCACCAAUGCCACAGUCGUGCAACACACAAAUCAGGCCCACUACCGUCUCGGGUCGUCUGCCCUACUCUACUGCGACGUCGAGGGUAGCCCUGAACCAUCCAUCACCUGGGUGACUCCGCAUCGCCUCGUCUUCAACUGGACCAGGGAGUACGGAGCUUCCGUGGGCAACUCUUCGAUUAACGGUCCCGUCGGCCGCAAUGACACCCCAAAGUUUGUCCUGCUCGAAAACGGGAAGCUCUUCAUUCGCGAAGUGCAGCGCGGUGACAGCGGCUACUACCGCUGCCGGGCCACAAACGUCCUGGGUCGUCACACGGUUGCCAUCCACCUGACCCUUGACUACGACUUCCUCAUUCGUGUCAAGAUUGUGAGCGUCCUAGUGGGGUGUGCCACUGCCCUGGCCUUUGUGCUGGCCACUCUGAUUGGGAUCCUGGUGAGCGCCAUUUUGCGGCGGUUCGGGCUGACCUGCCCGUGUGAUGUGGGCGCCAACUCGCCGAGGGCGAAGCAGCUGUACCGCAUGCUCGAAAGCCUCGAGCAGUACCGCUGCCAGCAGCUCGAACGUCUCCGGGACAACUACGCGGGUCAGGUGCAACGCAUCAAGGACAACUGUGUCCUGCAGAUGGAGAAGCUCAGAGACAGCUACUCUGGGCAGACCGAGCGGCUCCGCGACUUCUGCGACUAUGGCACGGCACAGAUCGACCGCAUCAGGGACAACUACUAUAUGCAGGUCCAGCGCGUUCGGGACUAUGGCGUGUCCCAGAUCGACCGGCUGCGGGAGAACUAUGUGUUCCAGCGCAAUCGCAUCCGCAAGUUCAGCACGACCCACCUGUACAAGCUGCGCGAGAAUUACAAGCUCCAGCAGCAACACCUCAACAAGAUCCUGGAGAAUCUCAACCUCGAGAGCUGCCGCAGCGUCUGCGCCCGCACCGACUCCAUCAUCUUCGACCCCGCCGAGCUGGGCCUCAUGCCGCCGCCACCGCCGCUCGACAUCCUUCCGCUCCCGCUGUUCUUGGACCAACUGGAUACUGAGAGCCAGCUGUCUGCCUACUACACCCCGGACAGCCUCUCGGAAGUCUCUCCCGACGAGGUGGUUCUCCAGCCCCACUUUCCCUUCGAAGACACCUGCUUCAAUGACGACCUCGAGGCACGGUCACGCCUCUUUGUUUCGAUGGAAGACGUGCCCUCUUCGAGCGCUAACAAUCCAUCGUCGAUCAAAGUGGACGCCGCCAGCGUGGGUGACGCACCUUCUACCUCUGGAGAGAACGGCAACCACAAGACGGUGCCCCUGGAAGUGACAGUCCAUCACUAUGAGGCCACGGCGGAAGCAGAUGCCGCCGAGGACAUUUCCCACGAAACGGCCGUCUGACAGUGUGCCUGGAUCGAACUUACUUGAAACGAGAGAAGAAUGCGACCACUUAGUUUAGCAUGGCCCGUUUCUGGCAUGGUGCGGAUUCAUUCUGGUCUUAAACCAGACAUUUCUCGGGUUUCCGGAAGACUCCCACAACCGAGGCUCAAUGUGAACAGCCCGGGCAGACGAAGCUGAUUUGGCGCGAGUCGUGCUGCGGCUAGCUUCAUCCGAAUGCAAGUGGAAAUGACUGUGGUUUCGAUUAAGGGGGUGGGGGGGCAAGGGAAACAGGCUUGUCUGGAAAAAGGCCUAACCUAGACUCAUUCGUCUCAAAUGGCGGAGAGGUUUGGGUAGCCGCUUAUUUUCGUACCGGGGCGUUUUUUCGGAUUAACGCCUACAUAUCGUUGAGGUCCACUGACCGGCAAUGCAAAGGUGGUGUAAGCCACGUAUCUUCCACAUGGCAUGCUUGCGCGUGACCGAGGAAUUUGGGCAACUGCGGCUCUUCUCUUCGGUCUAGUCUUAGACAGUGGCGAGUAGAUUAGUCGAACCGAUUUUUCUGUGAUAGGAGGGGGAUGCGCUUGUGUUCGCACACUUUCUUAGGCAGGCGUACUCCGCUCCCUUGGUGUUCUUCGUUCCAUUGCGCUCAGAUUUGGCGAGCUUCGGGAAUUGCCAGACGACGUGCAACUGUCGUCACGGUAGCUGAGGCAUCCAUUUCACUUAGGGCACCAAUGAACAUCACUUAACACGUCUGCUCCCCCGACAUACUACUCGAGCAAGGUCCUUUGCCAUUUCUGCCUAGGCCAUAGUAAUAUACUUCAUUCGUUUCAUGGACCUGUUAUCUUUAUUUUUUUUUUUUUUUUCUCCCAAUUUAAGAGUGCUACCUACAUUUUGAUUAAUUCUGGUUCCAGACAUUGGGGGUGUUUUCAGGGUUGUUUUCUUUCGUCGUUGUUUUCAACCGAAAUAAAACCCUGUGCCUAUUUUUAGUUAAAAA